AUGGCUUCAACACAUUAUGACGAUGCCAAGCGUUUUACCUCUCGUGAAUCGAUUGGAGCAUCCGAAGAGUAUUCAAAACCAGUGUACGAACUCGAACCCGAUCCAUCUGCAAAACAAUUAUCAGCGGUGACGCCACAUCCAUUCAGUCGAUCGAUUGAAGGAAUGACACCGCACGAAGUGGUGCCCGCGACCCGUCGCAUCGUCGUCGUACGAAAUACGACGGAUCCACAGGAUGAACAAGGAAAAUCGAUUGACACGAGCGUAUCUAGCCAACCAAAAUCACUGGAAUUUUCACCGAGAAUAACUGAUGGGCGAACAUCUGUCUAUAUCAUUCGACGAAAGAUUCCACCGGAAGAUGAGAAAAAUCCAACAAGUUAUUAUCCACCGGUAGAAGGCUCAGUGCAAAAUUCAUCUACACCUCUUGAAUACAUACACACACCUUCUCCAAAUCCAUACUCUCUUGGAUCGCGCACGCUCAGUCCUUACCAUUCACCGACUAAAGAUCCUUCACAGGCUCUUGUUCCAAGUCAAAAGGCUCUUAUCUCGUCCACUUCAUAUCGGUCGACUAGUCCUCAACAAUUGUCGAAAGGAAUACGAAGAAAUUCACCCUCCACGAACCAGACUGAUACAGACUGGAACGGCGAACAUGCAAAAAUCACCACAGGCGAAGAGUAA